GCAGGAGAAGAUGGCGGUCUCCACAGGAGUUAAAGUUCCUCGUAAUUUUUGCUUGUUGGAAGAACUUGAAGAAGGACAAAAAGGAGUAGGCGAUGGUGCGGUUAGCUGGGGCCUUGAAGAUGAUGAAGAUAUGACACUUACAAGGUGGACAGGCAUGAUUAUUGGGCCACCAAGGACAAAUUAUGAGAACAGAAUAUAUAGCCUGAAAGUAGAAUGUGGACCUAAAUACCCAGAAGCUCCUCCAUCAGUUAGAUUUGUAAGAGAAAUUAAUAUGAAUGGGAUAAAUAACUCCAGUGGAAUGGUGGAUGCACGGAGCAUACCAGUAUUAGCAAAAUGGCAAAAUUCAUAUAGCAUUAAAGUUGUACUUCAAGAGCUAAGACAUCUAAUGAUGUCCAAAGAAAAUAUGAAGCUUCCACAGCCACCAGAAGGACAAACAUACAACAAUUAAUUUUAAUGGAUCUCAAACUUGUCUUAAAUCAACAACCUUCUACUCAUAGUAAUGUCUUGAUUAAAUAUCACAAUGCAGAAUACCCACACAUUCAGUAAAGAAUUCCAGCUGGUAUAUGUGACCCGUACAUUUGUAAUAUAUUUAAUAUAUGUACACCCAUUAUGUUUUCAGGUAACGGGAGGAAAAAUGCAGCACAAUUUUUCUUUCUCUUGUUGAGGCACUGUCAUUUAAACAUAAACCUGGAGUGCUCCAAGUAGGAUUCGGGUUUACAAGAUGCA